GGAUGCUUGGAUUCGGCCACGUCCGCCGACGUCCGAAACAUCAGAAGCGAAACCGGGCUGGAACUGACAGCCCGCCCACCCGGUUCUCCGCAUGGGCAGCUACCUGGGCAAAGCGGGGUCCUCGCCGCGGCCCCCAGCACAGGGGCGCGCAGACUCACGAGAGAAGCCUGCGACCCGCCGACCGGCUAGGCCCCUCUACCAGGUCCACCGGGUGCAGCAUGUCCAUCGUGCCCAGCCCGCCCGGCGGCACAGGCCGGCCCGGAGGCCGCCAAACUGGGAUCCCGCCAAUCCCGCCGCCUUCGUCAGUGAGGCCUGGAGACGCUUUCCCAUGAAGAGGCCGCAGAACCCCAUCAUGGGGUCUCUUCCUUCAGACUGGUGGGAAAGUUACCUCAAACGUAACAUUUGGUCCCUUCGUCACCCUAGGGCCACAUGGAGUCCGGUGACAGUCAAGAUCUCACCUCCUGAGCGGAGACCACGGCCCUUGUUCUCGGUUUCAAAAGUGAUCAACUCCGCGGGACCCUCAGAGGAGUCAUCGGGAGAGUGUGGAAAAAGCCCGGUGCUGAAGGCCCUCUUCAAGUGCAAGAAGGGGAGAGCCAGGAGGGAAGAGCCACUGUUCCCUGACAGCUCGGACAGUAAUAGAAAUUCUGCCACCCCUUGGUCCGCCUUUAAGCCCCUGUUGAAAAACGGAGCCACAGUUUCAUUUGUGGCCAGGCCUGGAUCUCUGAAAAGGAGCCUCCCCGCCCAGAGCUCAGAUCAUAAACGUAAGAAGUCCAGUUGCUCCUCCGUGGCGCUCUUGGCCAGCGAACGCACACAUGGGCCCCCCAGCACUAAAAGAAAUGCUAUUAGCAGCUCUUACAGCUCUUCCAGAUAUCUCUCAGAGUCUUGGAAAAGACAUUUUUCCAGGACAUCAAUCCAAACUCCAGAAUGGCCCCUCAAAAAGACAGAGAGAAAUCCUAAUCCUCACCCGUUAGUUACACCCGGCAGCUCUGGGCAGCCCAACAGGGAGAGUCCUUGCCUGCAAUCUGUUCCUAGGGAUCCACUGACCACGCCUUGCCAGCAAGGCUGUGUUGUCACUGAAGAGGACCCGACCUCAGAAAGGCAGGCUGGGCCAAGCAAACCAACCACAGAAGCUACAACUGGGAUCGUCACAGACUCCAUUCCUGAGACCUGGGAUGGUACUGAGCCUCCCGAGUCUCUUCGUCGGCCUUCUUCUGAGACAGCACUCAGUACCCACAGGAGUCCUCAGCUGGAAAGCUCGAAGAACAUGCUUGUCCCACUAGGGUGCUCACAGUUAGAGCACCUCCAAGGCAUCUCUUCAGACUCAAAACCCUCAACUGCUUCCAUCCGGGUAUCUCCAAGCUCUCCCACAGCACCAGUCCCUGAUUCCAACUGGCCAUCUUCAACCCCUCAGGCUCCCAGGAAAAAGUGUCUUUUUGGAAGAUGGAUCUGGACUUCAGAGACCAAGAAAGAUGUCUUGAGUGGGGACAAGUCUCUUCUGUGAUUCUCUGCGACGACUCCGAGAAGAUUCCAUGCCUUUCUAUUAUCUAUCUAUUCAACUUCCUUUUGGGUAGUAUCUUGAGCAGGUGGACAAGCCUGGUACUAACAGAGUCCAGGAGUGGAGCAGAGACAACAUCCGGGGGUCCCUGGAUGAUGAAUGAAAAGAGUCAGGCUAAUUCUGGGGCAUUAACGAGAUAGGGAGGUGGUUAAGACUUUUAACGUAUUCAGGG